GUAUUCACACCGUCCUCCUCCUCCCCCUCCCCCAAAUCUCUUCCGAGUCCCAAAUUGCCCUCCGCAGGACCGCCAAAAUCCCCGAUGUCUACAACCCUCUUCCCCUCGGCCGCAAGCCCCCUUCCAAAAAUGCCCCUGCCCCAGCGGCGCAGCUUCCAGAUCAAGGCCUACUCCGCCCAGGCGUUCGCCGAGGCCAAGCCGCGGCACCGUGCCUCCGCGGCGAGUCUCUACGAGGUCCUCCGAGUCACAGCCAACGCGUCGCCAACGGAGAUCAAGUCGGCGUACCGGAGCUUGGCCAAGCAAUACCACCCGGACGCGUCGCGGUCGGGGUCCGACGGCCGGGAUUUCAUCCAGAUUCACAACGCCUACACCACGCUGUCCGAUCCGGCGGCCCGGGAGGUGUAUGACACGUCGUUGGGCGCUGAUCACAUUAAUUUUAAUCGGCGGAGACACUCGGUCGGGUUUCGAACCGACGGGUUUUACUCGACCCGGAGGUGGGAAACGGACCAGUGCUGGUAGAGAAACGUAAAGCUAAUAGGAUCCGGGCCCACCAGACUCGCCGCUGACUCAGCCGGCGCUGCCUUUCGUUGUGUUUAAUAUUUUUUUUUCCUUUCUUGAGAAAGAAAAGAAAUUGUUAGAAUCUGACGUGUAAAUAGAAAAAAAUUAGAAUGUAGGGAAAUUUUUUGUAAAUGUUUUUAUGACGACGGGCGUACGAAGUGAAUGAAUUUUGAACGGAAAUUAUUAUCUUUAA